GACCCACCUAGAACCUCCUCCUCCACUUCACUUCUUAUUUCUCACUUCAUGCUGGAGACAUCUCUUUCUGUUAUUUUUUUGUGCUUUAUUAAAGCAAACCACGGGGUUUAUCUUACUAAUUCCCAGGUCUGAGUUAAUCCUUAGACUGACGGCUGCACGUAUCUGCUCCCCGCAGGCUGCUUUGUAAUGGCUCACGUUCUCCUCGCAAAUACCUUGUUACUCCCGGUUUUGCUGUUAACGGUUUUGAAGUGCGAGGCUGACGCUGAGGAACCUAAACUAAGCAGGCAAAAAAGAGAGUGGAUUAUUCCCCCAAGGACGCUCAUAGAAAACACGGAUUACAGAGGACAAGUUAUCGCUAAGAUUCGAUCUGAUGAGCAAGAGAAUGAUACGAUUAUAUACUCCUUGGAAGGAGUAGGGGCUGACAGGAACCCUGUUGGUUUAUUCACUGUGAAUCCGGCAAGCGGCGAUGUCCAAGUCACAGAGAUUUUGGAUAGAGAAAAAGCAUCGGUAUACUAUCUCUUGGGAGUCGCAAAGUUCCGAAAUGGGGCGAAAGCAGAGAAAGACAUUGAAUUGCGUUUCAUAGUAGCAGACCAAAACGACUGUGCUCCACGAUUUAUUUUCUCCCCAAAUGGAGAAAUCUAUGAAUCAAGCCCUGAAGCCACGUAUAUCUUGAACGUGACGGCGACAGAUGAUGACGAUCCAGAUACGCUGAAUUCAAAGAUUUCGUACAGCAUCAUUCAGCAAAACCCGGGCGGGAAUAGCAUGUUCUACAUCAAAGCGGCCAGUGGCCAGAUUUACGUUCGAUUACCCACCCUUGACAGAGAAACAACGGACUCUUACAGAUUAGUGAUAAAAGCCACAGAUUUGGACGGGGACGCGGGAGGAAAUACUGCAACCGCCAGCAUUGUGAUUAAGAUCCUUGACAUCAAUGAUAACGUGCCAACGCUGGAGAAGGAGUCUUAUGAAGGGAGUGUGGAGGAGAACCUGGCCAAUGUGGAAGUGAUUAGGAUCAAAGCUUUGGAUAAAGAUCAGGUCAACACUGACAACUGGCUCGCAGUUUUCACUAUAGAGUCAGGGAAUGAAGCGGAAUACUUUAACAUCACGACUGAUCCGAAAACCAACGAGGGGAUUUUAAUAGUCAAAAAGCCACUUGAUUAUGAAGAAUUAAAAGAGCUGGACCUUAAGAUCUCGGUGUCAAACAAAGCUGAGUACCACGUCUCCACAUCGGUGCUGAAAAAAACAUACCCCAUCAAGGUCAAGGUGAAGAAUGUACCAGAGGGUCCCAUAUUUAAGCCCAGAUUGAAGGUUUUUAACGUCUCAGAGGGCACUGAAACCCACAUCCACACUGUGAUAGCGAAAUACCCGGCCAUCGAUGGAGAUACGUUUGAAAUAGCUAAAGAUGUCCGGUAUAUCAAAGGAAAGGACCCGGACAACUGGCUGAUUAUUAAUGAAAAAACCGCCGAGAUCAAACUUAACAAACUGCCCGACCGAGAGUCUGUGUUCUUGAAAAACGGGACAUACUACGCAGAAAUCAUAUGCAUGACAACAACUGGUUCGCACUUCCAAAGUAGCACUGGGACCAUAGCCCUGAUGGUGGAGGACACCAACGACCACUGUCCAGUCCUGGUCAAAAUGCCUCAGACGAUGUGCACGGACCACAACGUCAUUUACGUCACGGCUAUGGACAAUGACCUUGAGCCCAAUGGCCCACCUUUUGUGUUUACAAUAGUUCCCGGCAGCACCAAGGAGGCUCUGAUGGUGGAACAGAUCAACGAUACCACAGUUGUCCUCCGGGCCACGAAGUCCCUGUGGCCGGGCACCUACCAGGUGGCACUGGAGGUCCGGGACCAGCAGGGGAAGGCUUGCAGCCAAGCCCAGGUUGUGAACUUCCAGGUGUGCACAUGUGCUAAAGAUGGCAUAUGUGCCAGCACACGGGAAAUGUCCUCCGCUGCGUUCGGGCCGUCGGCCGUCGCCCUUUUCCUCCUGGGGUUGCUUUUACUUCUACUCGUCCCUCUCCUGCUGCUCUUCUGUGCCUGCAGCUCGAAGGGCCACUUUCUCGACAUUCCCUUCGACAGUUCGGCACCCCUGAGCCUGGGAAACACGGAAAAAAUUGGGGAGGAUAAAGUGGUCCCACUUCUGCAACAGACUAUAGAGAUUGACCACCCUCUGGGUGCAAUAAAGAAACAAACAGUGACAGGUUUAGGGGCGGGGUUUUCGGGGAUGUACGGUACUGGGUAUGUUGGGGGGUUUGGGAUGGGGUCAAGCCAUGGAAUGGCGAUGAGCACGAAAAACUACAACCAUCUUCAAGCAGAAAGGCUAAGCAGAGAAGAGUAUUGGAGACAUAAUCUUGGAAAUAGGUCUCAGGUCUCGGUGGGCAUGGCAGAAGAUGCCUUCCAAGGGAUAGCGCUGUCUGAAGAAUUUCUGGAAGACUACUACAGCCAGAGAGCAAGUAUCGCCCCCGUGGAAUCGGACCCCCAUAUUGAUGCUCUGCUGCUUUAUGAUUAUGAAGGGGGUGGGUCCCCCGCAGGCUCUGUGGGCUGCUGCAGCAUCCUGGAAGCGGACAAUGACCUGGAAUUCCUGAACCACCUGGACUCGAAGUUCAAGACCCUGGCUGACAUCUGCACAGGCAAGAGCAUCGAGGUGGAGGGGCCAGCGCCCCACCCAAAGCCUGCCCCCCGCCGAAGCCCCGCCCCCAGCCCCGCCCCCAGCCUCACGAUGGCUCAUAAAGGAUUCGCCACGGCGGCAGCUGGGACAGAAGCUAGGAUGACUGGGAGCCUCCACAUGUCCAGCUCGUCCUCGUCCGCCGCGCUGGAGGAGCAGGUGGUGUCCGCCGCAGCUGCGGUGCAGCAACACGGCGCCGCCCAGCAGACCAUGGUGCUGCCGACGCCCGCCUACAUCCUCCAGCCGCAACCGGUGUACAUAGCCACCGCGCCCAGGUUGCAGACUGCUCACUACUUGGUGGACCAGGAGGCAGCGUUGCAGGGCAUGCAGGGCAUGCAGGGCAUGUACAUGCUGAGCGACACCGUCAAGCCCAGCGGGCUCCUGGCGGGCCCAUUGGCACACGACACUCUUAGCAAGUCUGGCAAAGUGGUGAUCCUGGAGCAGGGGGUGAGGCCCGGUCAGGCGUCUCAGAUAAACCUCGUCCCCGCCGGGACGGCCGCGGCCCAGAAGGUCCUGGUGGUGGAGAGCAGGCAGGGGGGUGCGGCACAGGACAACGGGGGCCUGCUGGCCAGAAGUGGCACCAGGCAGGAGGUGGUCUUCCCCGGUGAUGCAAGCCUGCUGUUAUCCGAAGGCAAGUCGUUCCUGCUGGAAGCCCGGCAAGGGUCGCCUCUACUGGGAAACGAGGCCGUAGAGUCUCAGGGCGCCCUGAGCGCUUUGAACCAGACGAGUUCUCACAAGCUGGUCGUCCAGGAAAAGGUCUCCGUCACUGAGAGAAGCGUCCAUGGGUGACCCAGGUGACUCGCCUGUCCCUAACAAUGGAACAGACACAUCUUAAAGAGUUUGAACGUCCACAGGGUCAUGCCCCAGACCUCCAGUCCACAUCACCUGACUUCUGAACUGAGACACCGAAUAAUCACGGGAGACUUCAGUCUUCCUCAAAGUUGGCGUCAGUCAGUCGUGUUUGCUUUUCCACUAUAUUGAAAAACUCCUGCUGGAAAAUGCCCUGUCCCUACAUUGUUAUUGAAAUGCACUUUGAUUUAUUGAUGGAACACAGCUGGGCAAAGGUGGGCCAUUGGAACACAAUGCUGCAUUCAACCUUAGUGAGAAUUAUUAGCCCCUAUUAUGAAAAAACACUAAAGUUAAGUCAGGUCAUGGUAUUGAAUUACGCAAACCUCUGAAUUUGUAGGACGCAAACUGCAUUCCUAGUCUAGUUUUCACAUGUUCUGAACCACAGUGACAAAAUAGGGGUAUUAACAGACUAUUUGAUUGUUAUCUAAAUCUAAAUUCGGGUAAAUCUAUUCAUGCAAGCAGACUUAAACUAAGUUAAGCAAACAUGCUAAGUGAUAAAUUGUGUUUUCAUUUUUAUGGAGCAAAAAUUCAGCUUAGUUGCAAGGAACAGCAGGACUCUUUGAAACACUGCGUAUUGCAGCACGCGUUUCCAGCUUUCCAAUAAGAGCACGCUGUCAAUAUAAGAAGGGCUGUGCGCUGUCUCCCCCUAUUGACGGAACAGAAAAUUGCUGCAGAUAACAGCAUUCCGCUAACCUGCUUCAAAUAUUAAUCACAAAAUUUUUAUUUAAGGAGUUUUUGGUUCCUGUAUAUACUGCUGUAUUUACCACGUGACUUGUUGUACACUCUGACUUUAUGAAUGAGUUAAUCCAAUUUUAUGUAUUUUACAUGCUGAAAACAUCCAUCCAUUUUCUAUACCCACUUAUCCAUCCAUCCAUCCAUCCAUCCAUUUUCUAUACCCACUUAUCCUGUUUUAAUGGUUUCCAUAAUUUGUGUUCUAUAGUUCAACAUGAUUUUCUAUUAUUUCUCUAAUUAUAAGGCAAUAAAGUCAAUGCACUGAAUUGUACAGUUUUAACAGGAUUGAAAAUGAUCAGUCACUGGAAUCAUUCCAGGAUCAAACCGUGAUUACAAGGCUUUUAGUAGCUUUGGAUGUUUUGUUUAUGACAGAGAUCUUUAUUGACAAUGGACAUUUAUUUUUUUAAAAAUAGAACAUUUAAAAAAAGAUCAUCAAAAUGCAUUGUGUUUGUUUUGUUCUUUGUAAAGUGCACUUCGUCCCUUAAUUCAUAGUUAGGCCUUUAACAUUUUGCAAAGUUACAAGGCUGUUGUAUAUUGGGUAAAUUACCUUGGGUGUGUUUUUUUUAUUUUUUAUUUAUUUUCAUUAGGUGAAAUGCACAAUUCAGGAACAGGUGAAAUUAUGCAGUACAAAUGUAUUUUAAAAAAUAAUAAAAAAAAUCUCUUCAGUAUUGAAUCAGAACCAUAAAUGUAUUUUUGUACAUGUAUGAAGGGAGUGGGUCCCCUGCAGGCGGAUGAAUAUGCAAAAACAGAGUGUUUUUAUGGUGAAGAAUGACUUAGCUGUUCACUGUAAGUGACCUAUAAUCAUUUUUUCUUCUUAUCCCUGUUCAUCCAUGGUACAAAGGUAAUAUUUACUAUUUACCUUCUGGGUGGUCUUGCAUAAAAGGUAUUCCAGUAACUGUACACUGGUGCACUGUAAAUAACUGUAGAUGCCCUAUUGCUAGCAAUAUCGCCACACUGGCCAGUGCAUUGUCACCAAACUAUAGGCACGAUAGUAAAAUCCACCUUUGCAUGGCAGCAGUCUAUGGUUCUGCAUCACUGCAGACGACUUGGAUUGAUACACUGCCUGAGAAAUGUGUUCUUCAAUAAACGGUAUGCAGGUGUUAAA